UUUUCUCCGUUUGAUAGACUUACUGUCAUUCGAACUAAGGAAUACCGUACAAGGCACACUUCAAACAAACCCACUUGAUUGAUAAGGAAUCAAAAGAAUACAUGCUGUGCCGCGUCCUGGUUUGCCCGGAGGGCCGGUGUAUACUUCUUGGACAUCGACCAGCUGUUGUGCCAUGGGCUCGGAAGAAAUUCUCCGUGAACUGGCUUCGAAGGCGAGCAGCUAUGCUAUCAACCUUGGCGGAAAGAUAGAACGAGACGCCACACCAUUCGCCCGCGGGGCUCAUGCCCUGGUGUACCGUGGGACCUUGCACCCACACGGAAGAAUCGUGGCGGUAAAAACUGCUCUCCAUUCUGAUGAGGAAGCCAUUAAGCAGGUAGCUCGGGAGGCGCUUAUAGCGUCGGAGAUGCAGCAUCCAAAUGUCCUUCCGCUACUUGGAAUAACGACAGAUUUCGAUCUCACGAUAUCCCUAGUAACUGUUCUGAUGGAAGGAGGCGACGCUCAUCGCUACGUACGACAACGGGACAGGGAUCCUCGUCCUCUUGUCAGGGACAUUGCUCGAGGACUUCAUUACCUACAUACUCAUCCAACAGGCCCGAUAAUUCACGGUGACUUGAAAGGGUAUAAUGUACUGGUUUCCGCCGACGGCCAGGCUAUUCUUACGGACUUUGGAUACUCUGAACUUCCCAAUUCGUCGGUUACCAUGAUCCCAAAGCCUCCAUAUGGAGGUACGCUGAAGUGGAAAGCUCCGGAGUUGAUAGAUACGGUGUCUGCGCAAAUUACGGUGGAAAGUGACAUUUGGGCUUUUGGGAUGACAGUGUUGGAGCUCUUCACAGCAAAAACGCCGUACCCUAAUUUGACCGGACCCUUGGCUAUUGCGGCUCGCAUUCUCCGGGAGCCACCAGGACGGCCAUCUAACGAGGAUACCUGUUCUCGUAUGACAGAUGAAUGGUGGGACCUAUGCUCGCGUUGCUUGAGGAUGGAUCCGUGUUUGCGUGCCAGGAUGUGGUGUGUUGUUGAACAGAUCGAACAGCUCAAGUUUCCGCUUCGUCCGUGUGAUGUUCCUGUGGAAGCUGAAACCAACGCCACCUGGCCAAUCCAAUGUGAUGUCACCCAGUUCAACCAGUUGAACUGCAGUGCAUUCUUAGACGUGCCUCAUCAACACGCUGAACGUGCCAGUAGAUAUGUCUCCAACCUUGACGAUCAGAUAGAACGAGGACCAUUGCCGUAUUAUCGUGGAGGAUAUUCUCUGAUAUACCGUGGAAAAUUGCUAUCAGAUGGAAGGACCGUGGCAAUAAAAACUCCCCAGGGCGCCGGGAUGGAAGAUGAGAGUAUUAUCAAGGAACUUCUCACGGAAGCAUACGUCUGGUCGAAACUGAAGCACCCGAAUAUCCUCAGCAUCCUUGGAAUAACCACCAGAUUCGACUUCACAGUAUCAAUAAUAACUCCGUGGAUGGAAGGAGGCAACGCCAAUCGUUAUGUGCAAGAUCCAGGCAUCGAUCCUCGUCCUCUUAUUAAAGACAUUGCUCUUGGACUCCGCUACCUACAUAGUCACCCGAACGGUCCAAUAAUUCACGGUGACUUGAACGGGGAAAAUGUGCUGAUCACCUCUGAUGGUCGCGCUGUUCUUGCUGACUUCAGAUUUUCUGUCCUUCCCGACUUCUCGUUCAGCAUAUCAGUGACACGACCCGGAGGGGGUUCACUGAGAUGGAUGGCUCCGGAGAUGGUACGGAUGUUGACUUUCGAUGACCCGAAGCCCACCGUAGAAGGCGACAUGUGGGCUUUUGGAAUGACGAUGUUGGAACUCUUCACCCGGAAACUUCCCUACUUUAACCUGAUCCAUCUUAAUUCCAUUCAAUCCCGAAUUCUCUUGAGGCCGCCAGAACGGCCAUCUAACGAGGAUACCUGUUCUCGUAUGACAGAUGAAUGGUGGGACCUAUGCUCGCGUUGCUUGAGGAUGGAUCCUUGUUUGCGUGCCAGGAUGCAGUGUGUUGUUGAACAGAUCGAACAGCUCAAAUUUCCACUUAGUCCGCGUGGUUUUCCUAUGGAAGCUGAAACUAAGCUCACCCGGCCAAUCCAACGUGAUGUCACCCAGUCCAACCGGUCAAACUACAAUACAUUCUUAGACGUGCCUCACCAACAUGCUGAACGGGCCAGCAGAUAUGUCUCCAACCUUGACGAUCAGAUAGAACGAGGACCAUCGCCAUACUAUCGCGGAGCAAGAACUCUGAUAUACCGUGGAAAAUUGCUAUCAGAUGGAAGGACUGUGGCAAUAAAAACUCCCCAGGGCGUCGGGAUGGACGAUGAGGGUAUUAUCAAGCGAAUCCUGAAGGAAGCAUACAUGGGGUCGAAACUGAAACACCCGAACAUCCUCAGCAUCCUCGGAAUAACCACCAGAUUCGACUUCACAGUAUCAACAGUAACUCCGUGGAUGGAAGGAGGCAACGCCCACACUUAUGUACAGGAUCCAGACAUCGAUCCUCGUCCUCUUAUAAAAGACAUUGCUCUUGGACUCCGCUACCUACAUAGUCAUCCGAACGGUCCGAUAAUAUAUCGUGACUUGAGAGGGCAAAAUGUACUGAUCGCCUCUGAUGGGCGGGCUGUUCUUACAGACUUCGGACUUUCUGUCCUGGAGAAUUCCUCAUUUAGCAUGACCGUAAACCGUCAAUUUGGGGGUUCAUUACAUUGGAUGGCUCCGGAGAUGGUAAAUACCUUGAGUUCCCAAGACCCCAGCUUCACCUUGGCAAGUGACAUCUGGGCUUUUGGGAUGACGGCGUUGGAACUCUUCACCCGAAAACUUCCCUACUGUAACCUCACCGAUCUCAGUUCCAUUCAAUUUCGGAUACUCAAAGGGCCACCAGAACGACCAUCCAGGGAGGAUACUUGUUAUCGUUUGACAGAUGAGUGGUGGGACCUAUGCUCUCGUUGCUUGAGGAUGGACCCGUCUUCGCGCAUCAGAGCGGAGGAUGUCGUGAAAGCUACUAGGAAGCUUCCACCAAGGAAUGACAUUGUUAUUGUAGUGAUGGGUCCUGCGCGGUCGGGCAUAAGUAACUUCGUCAAUAAGCUCGCAGGCUGCGAGGGGGGGCCUGAGGCAGACAAGUUGGUUCCUCAUGCCCAUGGCAUUCGGGAACUUACAUUUGACUUCCCUCGCGGAAAACGCUAUGUGCUUGUUGACACACCGGGAUUUGCCAACACUUACUGGCGAACUCAAAAUAUCCUUCGCGAGGUCGCUAACUGGCUACAUAAGAAGUACCCACAAGACGUAAAGGUUACGGGGGUUGUUUACACACACAGUAUAACCGAUCACCACAUGUCUGACAAAGUUCGCGAGAACCUCGACCAAUUCAGUCGGCUAUGCGGCGACAAAGCUGCACAACACGUGCGGUUGGUGACUACUAGGUGGGAUGAAAAAGAGGAUAAUGAAACACUACCAAUUUGGGUGCCGCAACUGGGGGAACGGUUACCCAUUGCCGCAAAUGUGCAUCACGAACGAUUUUUCAAUACCCGGCGGUCUGCUUUAGAUAUCGUAAAUGGUUUGGUCGGGGAAGAUGCCGUUUUGACUGAAGAAAGAUUGCUAGAGGCGGAGAGGCAAUUGCACGAGAUUAAUGCUACAAGGCCAUUCUACUCUCGAUUCUUUCAGCCCUUGCGGCAGAUGAAGGAAAUCUUUAGGACCCUUAGGUCUUUAGGCAAUUCUCGCAGUAGCAAGAAAGCUGUGUGGAACAGGUGAAGUGACAACACAGCAGCACCGCUCACUGCCCUCGUGAUGUAUAUAGGGACUUGAUGUACUUGUACUCUUCUCAACUCUGUCGGCCCGCUCUCCCACUUGCUUCUUUUAGCUUCCUUUCUAACUUCCUUAUCGCCACUAACAUGCAUAUGUUCUAAAAUCUCCAGCUCAUCAUCAGAGCGUUCCCCCUUGCAGUGAAACUUGAGCGAUCGUACCGCAUGCACGAUUUCACUCAAACCAAGAAAGGGGUGCCCACCUUUGUGGCAGCACCUUGCCCAUGGUGCGGGAUUGGUCCCCAGAUCGAACUUCGACUUAGAUGAAUUCUGGGACUGUCGGCACAUGACCACAACCUGGAAUACGUCUUGGGAGUUCUGGCGCGAACUGGAGGGGAGAAAAGACAGUGCUCAUGUGGGCUGCGAUUGGCGAGUCUAUGUAGUUGUCACGCUGGUUACCGUACUCUAUCUCGUUGCA